AUGUCUGAUUUAGUACAAAUUACAAGUUUAGCUGAUACCAAGGUUUUCGAACCCUUAAAGGUCGGUGAUAUAGAAUUACAACACAGAGUGGCUUUCCCACCAACUACAAGAUAUAGAGCAAAUGACGACCAUACCCCAUCGACUUUGAAUCUCCAAUAUUAUAAAGAUAGGGCUUCAACUCCAGGAACGUUACUCGUUACAGAGGGUGUCCUUGUUUCUCCAAGACUCGGUCUUCAUAGAAAUGCUCCCGGAAUCUGGAGUGAAGAACAGGUCAAAUCAUGGAAAAAAAUCACUGAUGCAGUUCAUGAAAAUGGAUCUUUCAUUUCAAUCCAAUUAUGGGCUUUAGGGAAAGUCGGUGAUCCAGAAUACAUGAAAGAAUUGGGAUUGGACCUUUUAGCUCCUUCGGCAAUCUUCGAUGGUAAAGACAGCGAAGAAGCUGCCGAAAAAGUGGGUGUUUCUUUGAGAUCAUUAACUGAGGAAGAAGUUCAAUCGAUUAUCGUAGAUGACUUUGUAACUGCAGCCAAAAAUGCUGUUGCUGCCGGUUUUGAUUUUAUUGAGCUUCAUAGUGCUCAUGGAUAUUUAUUAGAUACAUUUUUACAGAUAUCUUCCAACAAACGUACUGAUAAGUACGGUGGUUCGAUUGAAAAUCGUUCAAGAUUCAUUCUUGAAUUAGUAGACCAAUUGGUUGCAUUAGUUGGACUGUCCAAGCUUGCCAUUAGAAUCUCACCAUAUGCCACUUUCCAAGGUAUGCAUGGUGUUGACAGUGAAAUCCAUCCUUACGUCCAAUUCGGAUACUUAUUACAUGAAUUACAAAAAAGGGCUAACCAAAAGAAAGAAUUGGCCUACAUUUCUAUUAUAGAACCAAGAGUUAACGGAACCUCGAAUUUGAAAGAAGAAGUUGCUAGUUCUAACCAAUUCGUAUUGGAUAUCUGGAAAGGUAUUGUCUUUAGAUCAGGCAAUUACGUAUAUGAUGCACCGGAAUUUAAAACCUUAAAGAAAGAUGUGGAAAAUGACAGGACUAUUGUUGGAUUCGCCAGGUUCUUCGUUACAAAUCCUGACUUGCCAUUGAGAUUGAAAAAUGGAUGGGCCUUACAAAACUAUGUCAGGGACCUUUUCUAUAACGUCAAGGAAAAUUGGGGUUAUAAUACUUGGACAAAAUUUGGUGAAGAGAACAAAUAUGUUGAAGCUGAAGAACGGGCAAGGCGUUCAGAGUCACUUUUAGUCUGA